GAAUGAACUUAUUUUUGUUUUGUUUAAUUUUAAAUCCAGAUUUUUCCAGUGAGUGACCACGUUCCCUGAAGACAAAACCAAAACACAGAAAUUUUUUACUCCUCAGAAAACCCCUUCUACAGUCGCAGGGUUUAGCAGCAACACACGAUGAUUCGCGUCGCAGCUAAGCUUUCUAGAGCCACCAGCUCCGCCGUUCGAUCCGCCAGACUGGUUCCCAGCACCCAUACACCUUGCCUUCUCUGUCCAUCACCGCCGUCCAGAUUACUUCAUGAUGGAACUAACGGCCCAGAUGCGAACCCAGUUGCUAUUCAGAUGAUCAAUUACGCUCUCUCUCAUGCUAGGUCCCAAAAAUCAGAGGAAUCGUACGGACAAGGUCUUCUGGUGUUGGAGCAAUGCCUUUCCACUCAGUUGAGUGAGGGCCAAGAUGCUGAGAAUUCAAGGGGUUUGGUCUUGUUGGCCAUGUCUACCUUAUGCUCUGAAAGAGGGAAUUUUGAUGAAGCAAUUGAGAAACUUCAGGGAAUUGAAGAAUUAAGGCAAUCCUCUUUAGGUGUUAGAGUUGCUGCAAUGGAAGCUCUUGUUGGUCUUCAUCUAGAGUUGGGGCAGGAUGAUGCUUCAUCAGUGAUCGCAGAUAAAUGCUUAGAACUGGUUGAGAAAGAAGAACCAAAAACUGGUGGUGGAAACCCUGUGGUCUUAAGUGCUCGUGCUAAAGCAGCUAAAGGGCUGGUUGAGCUUGUACAUGGUAAUCUGGAAUUAGCGGAGACAUUUUUGAAAGGAUGUGGGAACAAUGAAGGAAGCAUUGGUAGUGUUGCUCUAUCAUAUGGAGAACUCUUGCAUGCCACGCAGAACUUUUCAUUGGCAAAAGAGGUAUACAAAAAAGUAAUUCAAGGGGCAUCUGAGAAUAAAGGUUUUAGUGAUAUUCAUGCCUUUGCAGCUUGUAAUAUGUCCUCAGAGGAAGUAUUGUUGGCAGCCACUUGUGCUUUAGGACAGCUUGAGGCACACAUGGGGAACUUCGGUGAUGCAGAGGACAUAUUGACAAGGGCAUUAUCAAAAACAGAAGGUCAUUUUGGCUCUCAUCAUCCAAAGGUUGGGGUUAUCUUAACUUGCUUAGCACUUAUGUUUCGGCAUAAAGCAAGGCAGGAGCGAUCAAGUUCUCUUAUGAUUCAAGAGGGACUUUAUAGAAAGGCAAUAGAGUUGCUGAAAGCUCCACCAUUGGAGACUGAUGAUACAGAAACAAAGGCUGGUAGAAGUGAUGUAGUGGCCCUUGCAAGAGGUGGGUAUGCAGAAGCACUUUGUGUCCAACAGAAUAGAAAGGUUCAAGGAGAGAAAAUGAGGAGUUGGGCUGAGGGUGCAUGGAUGAACCGCAGACUGUCACUGGCUGAGGCACUAGAAAUAUCAGACCCAUCUUCCGAAGUGCCUGUUAUAGAUGCUCGAAUCUGCAGGGCACUGUAAUUUAUCUUUUUCCAUGUUUUCCAGCAGGAAUUUGCGGUUCCAGUUUUGAUACAUCACGCCCAAGAAAUUGGGAAAUUCAGUCCAAACCCACGUACACACCACCUUUGUAGCAUGUCAGAAAAAUGGAUGACAUUAUGUAUCCCUCUAUGAAUAUGCAGAGAGACAUUAUCUGUAUAAUGUGAUCUUUGGACAAUCCCCUGUAUAUAAAUUUUGGUCAGAAAUUAAAUAGUUUCAGAUG